AUGGCCCCUUCAACAACAUCUUCUUCUUCCCCCUCCACCCGUCUCUCUGCACUCUCCAACCACAUCAUGGGUUCCACAACUCCUGUCUUCACCGCGCAAGCCGUGGCCGCUGCGCCUGAGGAUCCCUUGUUCGGUCUCAUGAAGGCCUAUCGCGAGGACCCCGCUGAGAACAAGGUUGAUCUGGGCAUUGGUGCCUACCGCGACGAUAAUGCGAAGCCGUGGGUUUUGCCUGUUGUUAAGAAGGUAUGUAAUGGCCCAUCCGCUCUCUCGUUCUCCCUCUUAUCUGUCGCUACUCAUUGCGAUUGCCAUUCCCUGCUAACGAGACAAAAGGCCGACAACGCCAUCCACAACGACCCGACCCUCAACCACGAAUACCUCUCCAUCGGCGGCCUGCCCGAGUUCACCGCCGCCGCGCAGAAACUCAUCGUCGGGUCUGAUUCUCCCGCCAUCCGAGAGAAACGGAUCUGCUCCCUGCAGACCAUCUCGGGAACCGGCGCCGUCCAUCUCGGCGGACUCUUCCUCUCGAAAUUCCACCCCAACAAACCAGCCCUCUACCUCUCCUCGCCAACAUGGGCAAAUCACCACCAGAUCUUCACCAAUGUCGGCCUCACCCUGGGUAACUACCCGUACUUCUCGAAGCAGACCAAGGGGCUCGACUUCGAUGGCAUGCUGCAGGCCCUCCAAGGCGCGCCCGCUGGCUCAGUGAUCCUGCUGCACGCAUGCGCGCACAAUCCCACAGGCGUCGACCCGACCCAGGAGCAGUGGAAGCAAAUAGCGACCGUCAUGAAGCAGAAACACCACUUCCCAUUCUUCGACUGCGCCUACCAGGGCUUCGCCUCCGGCAACCUUGCGCGCGACGCAUGGGCGAUCCAGUAUUUCGUCGAGCAGGGAUUCGAGCUGUGCGUUGCGCAGUCCUUCGCCAAGAACUUUGGUCUGUACGGCGAGCGCACCGGCGCGUUCCACUUCGUCUCUGCGCCGGGCGCUGACGCUUCCAAUGCAUCGGCCCAUAUCGCCAGCCAGCUGGCCAUCCUGCAGCGGUCAGAGAUCUCGAAUCCGCCUGCUUACGGGGCUAGGAUUGCUAGUCGGGUCUUGAAUGAUCCGGCCCUGUUCAAGGAGUGGGAGGCUGAUCUGCGGACUAUGAGUGGGAGGAUUCAGGAGAUGAGGAAGGGCUUGAGGGCUCGUCUGGAGGAGAAGGGCACCCCGGGAAGCUGGGCGCAUAUUACCGAUCAGAUUGGCAUGUUCAGCUUUACGGGGUUGAGCGAGGCGCAGGUUAAGGUGUUGAGGGAUAAGUGGCAUGUGUACAUGCCACAGACCAAGAACGGCCGCAUCUCCAUGGCCGGUCUGAACUCGCAUAACCUGGACUACUUCGCCGAAGCUGUUGACAGCGUCGUCCGUGAGACUUCUUAA